AUGGAUUUUCCAGAAUUACUUGGCCAAGCAGCAGCUGCGGAUUUUGUUUUGUCCCCGGCACAAACUUGGUCCGCGCAGGUUGGAAUACAACAUUUACAAAUGUCGUCGGUACGAGCUAUCGAAAACGGUUAUUGGAUAUUGAGAUGUGAUGUGAAUAUAUUCGCCUGGGAAAUGCCCUUUACCGAAGAAAAAAUUGAGGCUUACUACUCUCAAUAUGGUGAAUUUACAGUGUGGGGAGCCCUAAUAUUUUUAGGAUUGGCAGAAUUACUUUGGUACUUUUCUUGGAAAGUAGCCGAAGAAGAUAUGACAUCUUUGUUGGAUGUAUCUAAGGAAUUUUUUAGAAAGCGACAAGAAUUGGCAGAAGAAAAAUACGAUGAAAUUUUUGAUCAAGAGGAAUUAAAUUUAAAGGCGAAACAAAGCUUAAUUUAG